GUGAAUCUUCAGUGGCAGUGGGGGCGAUAUCUAUUUAAACUAUGUGGGAUAAAUCGUAUUCAUCAUUUGAUCAUAGUUUAGUGGUUUAUGAAGAUGAAACCUUUUGUGUUGUUGACAACUCUGGUGGCUCUGGCCAGCGCCAGGCCCGAAGCCGGCUACAGCUACAGCCCUCCGUCUAGCUCGUACGGAGCGCCCUCCGGAGGCGGUGGUGGCUUCGGCGGCGGCUCCGGCAUCGGCGGUGGCUUCGGAGGAGGCGGCCACGGCGGAAGCGGCGGUGGCGGCGGCUUCGGCGGCGGAUUCGGAGGAGGAUUCGGCGGAGGCGCCGGAGGCGGAUUUGGCGGAGGCUCCGGAGGCGGAUUCGGAGGCGGAUCCGGCGGCGGUUUCGGAGGCGGAAUCGGCGGAGGCGGCGGCGGCGGCUUCGGCGGCGGUUUCGGAGGCGGCUUCGGCGGCGGUACCACCGUUCAGAAGCACAUCUACGUCCACGUUCCUCCACCAGAGCCCGAGGAGUUCAGGCCACAAAGACCUAUCUCUGUAGGACAGGCCCAGAAGCACUACAAGAUCAUCUUCAUCAAGGCACCAAGUGCACCAACUCCAACUGCUCCCGUUAUUCCUCUUCAACCUCAGAAUGAAGAGAAGACCUUGGUCUACGUUUUGGUCAAGAAACCUGAAGAUGCGCCUGAAAUUAACAUUCCUACUCCAGCGCCAACUCAGCCCAGCAAACCGGAAGUCUACUUCAUCAGAUACAAGACUCAGAAAGCUGCCGGAGGCGGUGGCGGAAUCGGCGGCGGUAUUGGUGGCGGAAUUGGCGGAGGCAUUGGAGGCGGCAUCGGAGGUGGAAUCGGCGGUGGAAUUGGAGGCGGCAUCGGUGGAGGUCUCGGAGACGGCAUCGGAGGAGGCAUUGGAGGAGGCCACGGCGGAGGCAUCGGUGGCGGAAUCGGUGGCGGAAUCGGCGGCGGAAUCGGCGGCGGCCACGGCGGCGGCAUCGGCGGCGGCAUUGGAGGUGGCCAUGGUGGUGGUGCCGGUGGUGGUAUCUCUUCCAGUUAUGGUCCUCCUGGCAAAUCUGGUCCAUAUUAAGAUACUCAGUUACCUCGGUGGCGGCGUUAGGUCUUAGCGUCGCCGCCUUCAUCGGUCGCCCCCUCUUUGGAUGGGGUUUCAUGAUUGUGAUGCGGAAGUGAGGGUGAAGUUUUUCAAAUCAGCCGUUUUAAGACUAAGUUCGCCGUAUUUGAAUUCUUCACUGGAGGGUUUGGGGAUUUCAUUCGAUGCUUCCGUAUUUCUUGUAAAUAUCGUGCAAUGUGUUAUUUUCUAUUUUUGUAUAUUGUAAUAUAAUGAAUACGGUGACAAAUAAAUGUAUUUUUUUAAA